CCGCGCUCUGGAAGAUGUGGUGGCCCGCGGGGGUCCGGUAUGGAUGUAAUUUGCGAGUUUUGUUGCUGCUGGAACUGUGGCUGGUUUCGGCUGAAAUUAUGGAGCCCAUUUACUGGAAUUCGCUUAAUGAAAGAUUUCGUGAUGCUCAAGGCUACGUGCUGUACCCCCAGAUCGGUGACCGCAUGGAUCUGAUCUGCCCGCGCUCCCACCCCCCCGAGGCCCACUCCACGCCCGAGUACGAGUACUAUCGGCUGUACCUGGUGAGCCGGGAACAGGCAGAGAGCUGCAACACCGUGAUGAGCCCCACCAUCUUGCUGACCUGCGACAAGCCCGAGGCGGACACCCGCUUCACCAUCAAGUUCCAGGAGUUCAGCCCCAACCUGUGGGGGCUCGAGUUCAAACCACAGCACGAUUACUACAUCAUCACCACCUCGGACGGGAAUGCGGAAGGGUUGGAGAACAGGAACGGAGGGGCAUGUAGGACCAGGAAUAUGAAGGUCACCCUCAGAGUGGGCCAAGAUCCCAAUGCUCCGCAGUUACCCCCAGGAACGCACUCCCAGCCGGACAUGGAGUCCUCCAGCACCCAGCCCAGGCCGGACUUUGGCACAACUGUGGACAAGACCAACUCAUCAGCCUCCCUGGGCAACAGCAGCGGGAACAUGGAUCUUGGGCCUGGCUCGGCUGCCCCCUCCCACACAGCACUGAUCGCGGGCUCCUGCGGGGCGUCGGCCUUCCUGCUGCUCCUAGUGGCCGGUGGCCUGGCGCUAGCGUGUCAUCGGCGGAAGAGGCGACUCCACCGGGGGCAGCCGCCGGACAGCCUGAGGUCAGGCCUCCACCUUGGUGCCCUGGGUACGCCCAAGCGUGGCGGCGGGGUCGGGGGCGGAGGCAACAACAAUGGCUCGGAGCCCAGCGACAUCAUCAUCCCCCUCCGGAGCUCGGACAGUGCCUACUGUCCUCACUACGAGAAGGUCAGUGGAGACUACGGACACCCCGUCUACAUCGUGCAGGAGAUGCCGCCCCAGAGUCCCGCCAACAUCUACUACAAGGUGUGAGGCUACGUGGUGAGGGGAGGGGGAGGGUGUAGGCUCCUUCGUGAGGCAGGCAGGAACCACACAGGAGGACUGGAGUGAGAGCGGGCCCGCAGGACUUGGAGAAGUUCCCUCUGAAAACCACAACACUGCAAAUCCAGAGGGUCCCGCACCAGCUGACACCAUUUCACCAAUGUUUUGCUCACUGGGGAGAAUUGGGUUGUGUCACCCCUCACUCAUCUGUACCGUAAUGGUCUCUUGCCAAAUUUUCAGACACAGAAUGACACUCUCUCUGCACCAAUGCAUCACACACUGACAUGGACAAACACAGUGAUGCUCCCUCUGCAUCAUCCAUAACACACUCCCAGGGUCAGACCUCCACACUGUCCAAUCACACACUCCUGGGGUCAGGCACAGACUGAAACUCCCUCCACACCAUCCCAUCACACACCCCCGGGGUCAGACACAGAGUGAAGCUCUCUCUACACCGUCCCAUCACACACUCCCGGGGUCAGACACAGAGUGAAGCUCCCUCCACACCAUCACAUCACACACUCCCGGGGUCAGACACAGAGUGAAGCUCUCUCUACGCCGUCCCAUCACAAACUCCCGGGGUCAGACACAGAGUGAAGCUCCCUCCACACCAUCACAUCACACACUCCCGGGGUCAGACACAGAGUGAAGCUCUCUCUACACCGUCCCAUCACAAACUCCCGGGGUCAGACACAGAGUGAAUCUCUCUCUACACCGUCCCAUCACACACUCCCAGAGUCAGGCACAGAGUGAAGCUCCCUCCACACCAUCCCAUCACACACUCCUGGAUCAGAUACAAAACGAAUCUCCCUCCACACCGUCCCAUCACACACUCCUGGAUCAGACACAGAGUGAAGCUCCCUCCACACCGUCCCAUCACACACUCCUGGCGUCAGACAGAGAGUGAAGCUCCCUCUACACUGUCCUAUCCUGGGAACACUCACAACACGCUGGAGGAACUCAGCAGGUCAGGCAGCA